AUGCAGUGCUUCUACAAAGAGUACAACAUAACCCAUGGAGAUGCCAUGGAGGCAGGCGAGUUCUUCUAUCAGCUGACUAUGCUGCAGCCAGGUCUCCAUGUGGCGGUAGAACCGUUGGUUUCCACAAGCAACUACAUGUUCAUGGUCGAUGUUGCGUGUUACCAACCAGAUAAAGUACGGAUGGACAAAGAGUUGCAGAUUUUCAUGGCUGGGUGGCAUACUCUCUAUCAAUGCCUCUUUCCCAACUUUGCGGCAAUGCGGGCUGGAUUUACACAACUCUGCGAGUGUAUGGAUAGUGGCUUCAUCAACUUUGACAGUGUUGUGACUCAAAAACAGAUUCACGAAUUGUACAUACCCUACCCCAAGACCCACAAGGAAGACUUCUUUCUCAACUCUCCAACUUCAGUCAACACACUUUGGGCCAUGUUCAAGCCAUACCUUCCAGAGAGGAUCAGGAAUGCUAUGCACCUUGGGCACAAAGUGAGAGGGUUUGAAGGGAGGAGAGUUGAUGUUCUUUACAAGCAACCAACUCCAGAGGAUGGGAGACAAAGGAUGUGUGUCAAAGUUUAUGAAUUGACGCAACUUCGAUUCAAGAAUGAAGCCAGUUUCAGCCUAGAAGGAGCCUCCGUAAUAUCAAACUGA